AUGAAACGUAUUCGAGUUUGCAUCAUAGGUGGUGGUGCGUCAGGUUUAGGAUGUGCUCGUGUUCUUUCGUCUGGUGAGUAUAAUUGCGAGCCGACUAUUUUUGAACAAAAUUCAUUUAUUGGUGGUCAAUGGCAUUAUGAUUCAGAUGGAUUAUCACCAACAACAGCUGUUUAUAAAAAUUUAAAAACAAAUAUUCCAUGUUCUGUUAUGCAAUUUAGUGAUUUUCCAUUUACUAAUAUUGAACCAGAAUCUUAUAUUGGUUGUAAAGAAGUAGAAGAAUAUUUAAUUGCUUAUGCUGAAAAAUUUCAACUUUUUAAAUAUAUACAUUUGAAUACAAAAGUUAAUUCAAUUGGCGAAACAUUUACAGUAACAUAUACUGUACGAUUUAAUUCAAAAAAUGAACUAAUACAUCGUCCUCAUCAAAUUUUAUUGGAAGAAAAUGAAAAUUAUGCAGUUUAUUCAGAACAAUUUGAUGCCAUAUGUGUAGCCAAUGGCCAUUAUUCUGAUACAUAUAUGCCAAAUGAUAUUCCUGGUUUAAAUAAUCAAAGUUUUUCAAUUAUUCAUUCUCGUAGUUAUCGUGACCCAGAGCAUUAUCGAGAUCAAUGUGUUAUUGUUGUCGGUGCUAGUCAAUCUGGUGUUGAUAUUUGUGGUGAAUUAGUAUCCGUAGCUAAGCAAGUCAUAUUAAGUAUGAAAGAAGAAAACAACGAUUUAAAUUUUACCAUUGAUUGCCUUCGACAAAGUGGAAAAACUUUAUGUACUAAUUAUUUAUCAACAAACUUUUCUAUUGUAUCACCUAUUGAACGUAUUGAUGAUGACACAGUCUUCUUUAAAAAUCAAACUUCAAUUAAACCUGAUUUAAUUAUAUUUGCUACUGGUUAUGAAUAUCGAAUGCCUUUUCUUCAAGGUAAAUUACAAGUUGAUCAAACUCGUUUAUUUCAAAAUCGUUAUCUUUAUCCAUUAUAUAAACAAAUAUUUCAUGCUAAUUUUCCUAAUGGUACACUUUCUUUUCUUACUGUUCCCUAUCGUAUUGUACCAUUUCCACUUGCUGAAUUUCAGUCACAUUUAAUUGCACGUGUGUUAUGUGGUAAAAUGUCAUUACCAUCACAAGAUGAAAUGAUAUGUGAAAUAGAUAAUUUAUCGUUACCACAUAAUCGAACAUAUCAUUGCAUGCCGCAAUAUAGUUUUGAUGAAAUUCCUCAAAUUGAACCACGAUCUCGUGUAGCUAUUGUUACAGGUGCUAAUGAAGGAAUUGGAAAAGUAACAACUCGUGAAUUAGUACGAAAAGGUUGGUAUGUUAUUGUUGCUUGUCGAAAUGCAGAAAAAGCACAGAAGGCUAUUGAUGAUAUUCGACGUGAAAUUAAUAUGCCUGAUGCACCACUUGAUUUUAUUCAACUUAAUCUUUCUUCAUUAAUGAGUGUACGAAAAUUUGUUGAUGAAUUUCAUGAACGACAAUUACCAUUACAUCUCUUAAUAAAUAAUGCUGGAAUAUUUGGAUCAGAAUUUGAAUCAUCAGAAUGUGGAGAAGAAUUACAGUUUACAACAAAUCAUUUAGGUCAUUUUCUUUUAACGAAUUUAUUAUUAAAUGAUCUUCGAGCAUGUAUACCAUCAAGGAUUGUUAUUGUAUCUAGUGGAGCACAUUUAAACGCACCAAAUAUUGAAUUUGAUGAUCAAAUACGUAGACAACCACAUCCAACAUCAAAUGUAGCAAAAUUUCGAGCAGGUCUACGAGGUUAUAGUCAAUCAAAAUUAGCUAAUGUUAUGAUGUGUACAGAACUUGCACAUCGACUUGGUCCUGAAUCAAAAGUCUAUUGUAAUACUUUACAUCCUGGUGUUGUUAAGUCAGCAAUUUGGAAUAAUCUUAAAUGGUCUGGACGUUUGAUGAGACCAUUUAUGCGAACAGUUGAUAAUGGCGCUAUGACAACACUUUAUGUUGCUACUCAUCCUGAUAUUGAAAAUAACAAUAUACGUGGUACUUAUUUUGUUCCGAGUAAAACUCUUCCACCGCCUUAUUGUCGACCUGCAAUUGGUAAAACAAAUCCAAUUACAAACGAUCGAGAACAAUGCCAACGUCUUUGGCAACUGAGUCAACGUUUAACAAAUUUAACUUCAACAAUUUAA